GAGAGAGUCUGCCUGGGACAGGGUUACCCACUGGCACCAUCCUAAGGUCCCUUUCCGGGUCCAUCCCAGGACCUCACCAUGUCCACCCUCUCCCCUGAAGCAAUUUCAGAAGAUUUUCAAUAUGAUGAUUCGACUGAAGUCUGCAACAUGAGUGACGUUGUGGCCUUUGGGACUGUCUUCCUGUCCGUAGUCUACUCCCUUGUCUUUGCUUUUGGCCUGGUAGGAAAUUUGUUGGUGGUGUUUGCUCUCACCAACAGCAAGAAGAAGAAGAGCAUCACCGACAUUUACCUCCUGAACCUUGCCUUCUCCGAUCUGCUCUUUGUAGCCACCUUACCCUUCUGGACCUACUAUCUGGUCAGCGAACAAGGCUUUCACAAUGGUGUGUGCAAACUUGUCACCGCCUUCUUCUCCAUUGGCUUUUUCGGAGGUAUAUUCUUCAUCACCAUUAUCAGCAUCGAUAGAUACCUGGCCAUUGUCCUGGCUGCCCACUCCAUGAACAACCGUACUGUGCAGCAUGGCGUCACCAUCAGCCUGGGUGUCUGGGCAGCUGCCAUCUUGGUGGCGGCACCCCAGUUCAUGUUCACAAAGCAAAGUGCAAAUGAAUGCUUGGGCGACUAUCCCGAGGACCUGAAGAACAUCUGGCCGGUACUCCGCCAUGUGGAAAUAAAUCUGCUCGGCUUCCUGCUCCCCCUGCUUGCCAUGAGUUACUGUUACUUCAGAAUCAUACGAACACUGUUCGCUUGCAAGAAUAACAAGAAAGCCAAGGCCAUCAAGCUCAUCUUUCUGGUGGUAAUUGUGUUUUUUCUCUUCUGGACGCCCUACAAUAUUAUGAUUUUCUUAGAAACGCUCAAUUUCUAUGGCUUCUUUCCUAGCUGUGACAUAAAGAGGGACUUGAGAUUAACCAACAGUGUGACUGAGACCAUUGCAUUUGUCCACUGCUGCCUGAAUCCUUUGAUCUACGUAUUUGCUGGAGAGAAGUUCAGGAGAUACCUUUAUCAUUUGUACAGGAAAUGCCUGACUGUCCUGUGCGGCCAUCCUGUCCAUGUCAGUUUCUCCCCGUCUGAGUCACAGAGGAGCAGGCGGGAAAGCAUCCUGAGCAGCAACUUCACUCACUACACCAGCGAUGGAGAUGGGUCCAUCCUUCUCUGAAGGAAUUCUCCAAGCCCUUUACUACAGAGAGCCUAGAAUUCCUCAGUCUGGUGUAAUCUAACCAAUGCACUAUUUUCAUCUGUUCACCCAGACCUUGCUCAUGCUCUCACAUUGGAAACUACCACCAUCAUGUAUGGAGAGUUUGCAUUCUGCAUUUUCCCCCUCUUAAUACUCUGUUUUGGCUGAAGGUAUAACUCAAUCUUCCAAUGCCCGUGUCCAGCAGAGAAACAAUUACAGAAGCCAUAACUCCCACCUUCUGCACCCCCAAAACAAUUUGGAUCCAUACUCAAAGUAGGGGAGAAGUGGUAGGAGGA